AUUGAUGACCCUGGAAAUAAUCAGGCAGAAAUGAUGCCGGAAGCUGAGAUUGCAGAGUCGGUGGAACAUCUGGGUAAAAACCAGGCCCUCAUGGCAGAUUAUGUAGACUCUGGCUAUGAGAGGGGGCACCUAAACCCCAGCUCUCUUCAUAAGGACGACCACCACGUUGCCACCCACACGCUGACCAACGCAGUGCCGCUCUCCCCUCCUUUCCAGGAGCUUUGGCACUGGGAAGUAGAGCAGCUUGUCAGCCACGGUUUGGCUCCUCACUGUCAAAAUGGGAAAGAUCUCCAUCUCCUCUCCGGAGCAAUGCCUUCAUCUCUCAAAGUAAAGGACAAAAUCGCGGUCCCCAAAUUUGUCUGGCUGGCAGCUUGCUGUGACAAUGGUGCCGAGUCCUGGUCGGUGGGAUUUAUUAAAGAAGCCGAUGUUGAGAGUCGUCUGGAAGACCUAACGGUAGAAGCUCUUCAGAAGAAGCUUCCUGCAGGAGCCGAGCUCUUUAAGAACCACUGUGGCCACGAUCGACAGGAUCCUAAGAAGGUGGAGAAUGUGUUGCACUCGGUGAAGAAAGUCCAGGCGAAGAAACCAACCUGUGUGAAAAAGCCCACUCAAAAUAAGCACACCCAGACCGCCAAGGAGCAAAGUGGCUUUCUGAAGAACUUUUUUCAUUUUGUCAUUAACCCUAUCAUGAAAGUGCUUCAGUUUGUUUGCUAUCUGGUUUGCCAACUUGUGAAA